AUGUUUAAUAAUGAACCCCUUGAAAAGUCUGAUAAGGAAUUAUAUUCUAUUUUAUUAGAUGAAGAGAAACGACAAAAAGAGACAAUAAAUCUUAUAGCAUCAGAGAAUUUAAUAAAUACAUCAAUAAAAGAAUGCUUAGGACAUGUAGUAAGUAAUAAAUAUUCAGAAGGAUAUCCUAAAAAGAGAUAUUAUGGAGGAAAUGACUAUAUAGAUAAGAUAGAAGAAUUGUGUUGUAAAAGAGCUUUAGAAGCAUUUAAUUUGAAUCCCGACGAAUGGGGAGUAAAUGUUCAAUCUUUAUCUGGGUCUGCUGCAAAUGUACAAGCAUUAUAUGCUUUAGUAGGAAUAAAAGGAAAAAUACUUGGAAUGCAUUUAUGCUCUGGUGGGCAUUUAACACAUGGUUUUUUUGAUGAAAAAAAAAAAGUUUCUAUUACAUCUGAUAUGUUUGAAUCUAGAUUAUAUAAAAGUAAUAGUGAAGGUUAUAUAGAUUUAGAUGUAGUUAGAGAAAUGGCAUUGUCUUUUAAACCUAAUGUUAUAAUAUGUGGAUAUUCAAGUUAUCCCAGAGAUAUAGAUUAUAAAAGAUUCCGAGAAAUAGCAGAUGAAGUUAAUGCAUAUUUAUUAGCAGAUAUUGCACACAUAUCUAGUUUUGUUGCAUGUGGAAAUUUAAAUAAUCCAUUUUUAUAUGCAGAUGUAGUUACUACUACUACUCAUAAAAUAUUAAGAGGCCCAAGAAGCGCUAUUAUAUUUUUUAAUAAAAAAAGAAAUUAUGGUAUUGAGCAAAAAAUUAAUAGUUCUGUUUUUCCAAGUUUCCAAGGAGGACCCCAUAAUAAUAAGAUAGCUGCUGUUGCAUGCCAACUAAAAGAAGUUAAAACCGAAUCUUUUAAAAAUUAUACAAAACAAGUAUUAGAAAAUAGUAAAGCACUAGCUAAAUAUUUAAUGAAUAAUAAUAUUGAUUUAGUAACAAAUGGAACAGAUAAUCAUAUUGUUUUAAUAGAUCUCAGAAAAUAUGGAAUAACAGGUUCUAAAUUACAAGAAGUAUGUAAUACAAUUAAUAUAUCAAUUAAUAAAAAUACAAUACCCAGUGAUAAUGAUUGUGUAUCCCCAAACGGAGUACGCUUAGGAACCCCUGCUAUGACAACACGAGGUGCUAAAGAAAAUGAUAUGGAAUUCAUAGCAAAUACAUUAUUAAAAGCGAUUAAAAUAGCAGUUUCUAUGCAAGAAAAAUAUGGAAAAAAAUUAGUAGAUUUCAAAAAAGGGUUAACUAAUAAUCCUGAACUUGAUGCUCUAAAGAAAGAAGUUGUACAAUGGGUAACACAAUUCCCAUUCCCUUAA